AGCGUGUCAAUCCAUGAGGGUCAGAUUCUUUUAUACAUUGUAUUUGUUCCCCAAUUGCCUAUAAUCACUCCUAACAAUCAUGCCGCACUUGAAGCUUCGUGACGGAGCCGAACUCUUCUACAAGGACUGGGGAAAUCCCAGAGGACCAAUUGUAACCUUCUCCCACGGCUGGCCCUUGAGCAGUGACAACUGGGAACAACAAAUGAUGUACCUCGGUGAACACGGUUAUCGGGUUAUUGCACAUGAUCGCCGUGGCCAUGGACGAUCAACUCAGACCUGGGACGGAAACAACAUGGACACCUUUGUCGACGACUUAGAGGAGCUUUUCGCGCAUCUCAAGGUGCAAGAUGCGGUCAUGGUUGGACAUUCUCAUGGAGGAGGAGAGGUCACCCAUUAUCUUGGAAAACACGGCACUAAGCGCUUCAAAAAGGCUGUCUUGAUCGGCGCCGUACCUCCUCUGAUGGUUAAGAGUAGCGGCAACCCAGAAGGAACAGAUAAGUCUGUUUUCGAUUCGUUUCGACAAGCCAUGCGUCAAGACCGCGCGCAGUUCUUUUUGGAUGUUCCUAGCGGACCAUUCUUCGGUUUCAACCGACCUGGAGCAAAGAAAAGCGAAGGACAGAUUCGUAGCUGGUGGCAGCAGGGGAUGAACACCAGCUUCAAGUCCGCGUAUGACUCAAUCAAGGAUUUUUCUGAAACGGACUUCUCGGAAGAUCUGAAGAGAAUCAAUAUACCAGUACUGGUUCUACAUGGGGACGACGAUCAGGUGGUUCCCAUUGAGGCAGCUGGGCUGAAGUCAACAAAACUUCUUCCUCAAGGAAAACUGAAGAUCUACAAAGGCGGAUCCCAUGCCAUUCACAAUAUAAAUGUUGAUGAAGUCAAUCAAGACCUGCUUGACUUUAUUAAAUCCUAAGUUCAAUGGCUUUGGUAUGUGAUACUUUGGAAUAGCGUCUUUGUCACGUGCCAAUCUAGCUUCUCGAACGCUGGCUCUAUCAAGGAGACCAUCGAUACUAUUCUACAUUAACAUAUGAAGCUACCACCGGCAAGCUCGCAAGGGUACACAAUGAACACAUUUCAGAAUAUCUAUUUCGCAGUAAUUUUUAGUUAUGUUGAUUUUUUAUUUUUUCCUUCAAUAGGGUUCGGCAGUUUCGAUAUGCUCAUUAGUCCUGCCGGAGGAAUGAGGGCAGGGUGGAUCCAGGAAAAUACUCCCGACGACAUAGACGAUUACUAUAGCUAAGCGACCCCAAGGAAACAAGCAUGUAGGAAAUAAAC